CUUUCCUUUCUUCUUCUUCUGUAAUUUUUUUUUGGGUCACAAUCUAAAGUGUUUUAUAUAUCUCAUUCAAUGCUUUGUUUCAGUGAUUUUCAGCUGUUGGGUAGUUUUUACUUCUGGUUUUUUUCACAUCACAAACCUCUUUAGAAAUAAUAUUAGGCGGGGGAUUUCAAGUUACUUCACAAGAGAAAACUCUUCAGACAGUCAUGACGACAACAACUUCGAUUCACAAACGUUCUAGAAGCGAUCCGGUUCCUAAAACUUCUCUCAAGAACAACAAAUCAAGAGAAGGCAAUUACAACAUCGAUCGAUUUCACAUGGAUCAAACGUUGCAGAGAGAGAUAGAACAGCUAAAAUCUCUUGUAAAAUCAAGAAAAUUACAUCCCCAAAGAGUCUCGAGUGAUGAGAUUGAUUUCCUGCUUCAAGAAGAUGAAGUUCUAGUGAGGCGUGAAAUGGAGACAUUCCUUCGACGCAAACUGUUGUUGGAAGAUUGUAGAAACGAAGAUCCUUCUUUCCCCAAGGAAGCAAAGAAGCUGGUGAGUGAAAUCACGGGUUUGGAGCUGCAAGUGAUGUACUUAGAAAGAUAUCUUCUUCUGUUAUACCGAAGGUUGUUCUUCAACAACAGAAUUACAAGUAACUUAGAAUCAGAGAAGACAGAGAGAUCAGAGGAUUUACUUCUUGGGUCUACUACACUCAUUGAUUCACCAAAGAACAGAGUCUGCAGCCCGCAGAAAGUUCUAGAAGACUCUGGAAUAUUCCGCAGCCACUCUUCGUUGUCUCAUUGUUCAGGCUAUUCCUUUAGAAUGUCUCCCCAAGCAAUGGACUCAUCAUACCAUCACUCUCUUCCUUUCUCAAUGCUUGAGCAAGCCGAUAUCGAUGCGAUGGUCGGGACAUGUGUUUCUGAAAACGUUACCAAAUCACCGAACAGUUUGUCGGAAGAGAUGAUCAAAUGUAUAACAGAAGUACUUCAUCAACUCGCGGAUCCAGAUUCUCUCGAUGAUGAUCGAGAAUCGAGCAGCCCUUUUCGUGGGAAAGAGCGUCUGAAGACUAUUAGCCGACCUUACGAUAAAUUACUAAUGGUGAAAUCGAUAUGUAGAGACUCAGAGAAGUUAAACGAAGUUGAACCUGCUUUAAAACAUUUCAGGUCGCUUAUUAGUAAGUUAGAAGGAGUGAAUCCAAGGAAGUUGAAUCAUGAAGAGAAGCUAGCUUUCUGGAUUAACAUACACAACUCUUUGGUUAUGCACUCGAUUCUUGUCUAUGGGAACCCUAAAAAUAGUGUGAAAAGGGUAUCUGGGUUGCUGAAGGCUGCGUAUAACGUUGGAGGUCGAAGCUUGAACUUAGAUACCAUUCAGAGUUCAAUUCUUCGUUGCCGUGUCUCUCGUCCAGGACAGGCAAGAUUUGCUUAUUUGCAGGUAUUCAGAUUCUUGUUUGCGUCUAGAUCAAAGGGUAAAGCUGGAGACAUGGGUAGGGAUUAUGCUAUAACUCACCCUGAGCCACUUCUUCAUUUCGCACUUUGCUCUGGGAACUUCUCAGAUCCAUCAGUUCGUAUAUAUACUCCCAAGAACGUGAUGAUGGAGCUAGAAUGUGGUAGAGAAGAGUAUGUAAGAUCAAACGUAGGAAUCUCCAAAGACAACAAGAUACUUUUGCCGAAGCUCGUGGAAUUAUAUGCCAAGGACACUGAAGUGUGCCAUGUGGCUGUCCUCGACUUGAUCGGGAACUCUGUGCCUUGCGAUGCAAGAAAUAAAAUUCAGCAGUGUCGGAGCAAGAAGCAUGGAAGAUUCACCAUCGACUGGGUCGCACAUGAUUUCAGAUUUGGGUUGCUUCUCUGAGAAGAAAACAACCGAGUUUUUUUAUUUUUUUUUGGUUCCGAUCUGAUAGUUAAAACUUGUAUUGUGGCAUUUUUUUUCAAUUAUGAUUACCCUUAAUGAAGAUCAUGUUAUAUCUAUAUAUAAUAACAAACUGAAAAAAUGUCAAUUGCACUUUGAAAAAUUGUGUCUUUUU